AUGGCUGAGCUGGCGACGCUUCGCACGGCGAAGACGGCCCUGGACGAGGGCCUGAUCAGCAAGGAGGACUUCGAGGUGGUGAAGGCGGGCUUCGUCAAGGCCCAGCAGAUCAAGGCCGGCCUGGACGCGGGCUUCAUCAAGGAGGAGGACCUCACCCAGGUCAAGGACACGUUCUUCCACUCCCUGGACAUGCAGGUCCCGGGAUGCGGCCAGCCCGGCGCUGGGGCGGGCCCUACCGCGGCUGCCGCGCGCCAGGCCGCGCAGAAGCGCGGGAUCGGCAGCGCAGCGAUCGGCGGGGCGGCGUCCAGGCCCGCCGCCGGGGCCAACUCAUCAGCGGCCGCGGCGCCCGUGGCCAAGGCGCCAGCGGCCAGGGCGGCGCCCCCACCACCGCCCGCGGCGCCUGCCAAGCCCGCGCCGGCGCCCAAGGCGAAUUCACUGACCGAGUCCAAGGGGAGCGCGACGGCGGGGAAGGUAGGCUGCGCGGGGGAUGGCGGGAGAUUCGCGGCGCCGUUGGGUGCGCCCCCGGAAGCAGGAGGGACACUUGGGCGCGGUGCCACCUGUUCAGGGCAUUGGGGCGGAUGGUGGUUGGGUUGA